AUGAUUGUUGGUUCCAUAGAUCCAAAGGAUCACGUGAGACAAGGCGCAGCCAAUGAAUCAAAGGAAAUAGUGUCAGACUCUGUUCGACCUGAAACCUUGCCCAACCUAUCCGACCCUAACAUGAUUGCUCCUGUGCCUGUUGUGCCUGGACUAAGUUCGAACCCUGAUUUCUGGUUACCAGCAUGCCCUUUACGACCUGUCCGACCCCCACUAGUCCCGGAUACAGAAACUGGUCCUGCUGUCACUGCCGGUAUAAGGGACACACUAACACGAGCCAAACCAGACCCCGAACGAGUUAAACCGCGACAGAAUCUUGCCGAAACUGAUCCAGCAGCCUUUGUGCUUUUGUUGACCAGCCGUCUGGAAAAAGUAAAGGAAUCACGCGGAAAAAUGGAAAAGUUACUCUCUUGGGUGAAUCAGGUAAGAGUUUGA